AGUUGUUAUGACUCAACUGGAGCGAAAGGACUUCCUUAAGAGAGGUUGUGUUUUAUGUUAUUGUUUACACACGUGACAUUGCCUUUAAAAAUUACAAAAAAUUCAUAAAAAAUACACAAUUAAAUAAUUUUAUAAAAUUAAUCAAUGAGCUCAAUACCUGGAACAUCAGGAUCCAAUCCAACAGCUGAUAGUUUGAUUGUCAAACAAAAAGGAAUUUCGCGACAUGUGCUUAAUAAAUUAGCAGAAGAUUUUAAAAAAGAACAAAAAUUUACAGAUUUAUCACUUGUUAGUCUUUACUCAGCAUUUGGUGACGUUUUUGACAGAGCGUUGAGCUUAUAUGAAUCAAGUAAAAUAAGUAAAAUAAUAGCCUUUGAUCCAAACGCUCAAGGUGUUUGGAAGGAAAUAAAUUCUAGUAGAUGGUUGCUUGAAGUACAAGGAUUAUCCGGUGAAGCUUAUAUUUUAUUUCCCAACGUAAACUACUGUCCAUGUGCCGCUUUCAAAUACCAAGUGCUUAGGGAUCAAUCAGACCAGACAUGUAAGCACGUUCUAGCAGCUUGGUUGGCUAGUCUUGAUCCAAGUAAAGUCACUGAGAAACAUAUUACACAUGAACAAUUUAAAAAUUUAUUACUGUACCAAGUUUCGGAGAAGUAAAGUAAUGUCACUAAACAAUCACAAAUUCGUUGUCUCGAGAGAUUUAUAAAAUUAAUAUGAUCUAUUAAUUUUAACGAGAUAAGUGGAUAACGUGUUGGUACUCAGACAAUGAAAUAAAAAUAACUGUUGGAGAUAACAAAUGUCUCCAAGGAAUCGCGUACAUUCCAAAGAUUAUUUUUCAAGAAUAUAAUCUUACUGAAGAAAGUUUAGUUAUGCUCCAAUUGAUGU